AUGUCUUCAUGCCGCGAUAUAGACCCAUCCGAGGCAGCGACAUAUUCGAUCGCCUCGCCCGAAAAUACUAGUAUGGCCAGUCGAUCCCUAUCGGCCUCUAGUCUCGAACGGGAAAAUGACACAUCUAUCAUGCGCCAAAAUUUGAGUAUUCGGGCUGUAAUUUCGACACAUUCUUCGUUUGCAGACAGGGACAGGCACCAGGAGGCCCUCCAGCAUUUAGUCCAGAUUGGCGAAGGAUUACAGGGUACAAUUUUCGAGCAAGUAGGAACGGCUCUAGUGAUUAAGAAAGAAAGCCCACGGAAUGAAUCCCGACCAACACGACUACACAAGGAGUACCACGCGCACGGCCACAUCUAUCUCGCAUUCCAGCAGUUUGGAACAGCCGUGUCGAACGUCGUCUUUGUCCCACAGCCUAGUUCUCUCAAGACCCCAAAAGAUGACGCUUUUUGGAUUACGACCAUUGACAAAUUUCCCGACGAGUACAGAGUAAAAACGACGGUCUUCACAAUGGAUCGCAUCCUGCCGCUGCCUAAGAUUGUCCGGAAAGCCCUCAUUUCACUCUUUUAUCCUCGUCCUGAGGGACAAACAUCCGUCGACCAAAAUACAAUUCAACGCGUGCUCUUGGACGAACCCAACAAGCAUUGCCUUGCCCGAGUGUACCUCGGCAAGAAGUCUCACAAUUUCAAGCAAAAUAACUUCUCGCUCCGAAACUUCCCUCUUUGCCUGGACGCAAUGCAGCGUUUUGGGCUUGAAGUCAACGAAAUGGCUUACUCCAUGGGCAAAGCCUACGCGACAAUACAAUGGGGAGCCGAGUUCGAUGCGGACGAUGUCGAAUUUGUUCUUGGUACCCUGAUGACAAAUACCAAAGCUCCUCCAAGUACUAAGGCUCCUACCAACUUUCAGGAACGGGCCGUUCGCCUUUGUCUCUUGGACUUUGGACAGUGCCAAGCCGUCAACAUGAACCGAGACGCCGAAGACGUGUAUAGGUCAUUCUAUGGGGCACUUGUUCUUGGAGAUAAUCAAUGGUUUAUUCCCCAUUGCCAUCGGGACAAAGAGCUCUUCAGACACUUCCGUAAUGGGUAUGUUGAGGCUGGAAAUGCUAUCCUAAAGGUGAAGGGAUGGGUUGGGAAGUUCGAUAUGGAGGACUUUAUGGAUGGUUAUGAAGAAUACGCUGAAGACUUCCUAGUGUAA